AUGGCUUCUUCUUCACACCGUUUCGGGAUUCCUGCGAAUUACCCCCAAGUUAAUACUGGACACUACCCACAAGGGCCAAUCGGACCCUACCCGCAAGCAAAUAUCGGGCCCUACCCCCAAGCGAAUGCCGGAUCCUAUCCUCAACCGAAUGCCGGACCCUAUCCACAACCGAAUGCCGGACCCUAUCCACAACCGAAUGCCGGACCCUAUCCACAACAGAAUACCGGACCCUACCCACAACAGAAUGUCGGGCCGUACUCACAAAUUAAUACUGGGCCCUAUCCACAAGCAAACGCUGGUGGUUUUAUGCCACCAUCUGGGUAUGGUUCUGGGGCUCCUUAUGGAUCCAAUGUUCCAGGAUACCAUAAUCAAUAUACAGAGGGUCCAAGUAGUAAAGUACCUACUGGUAUGCCUCCUUUGCCUGCGAAUCCUCAAAGCAUAGUCUCUCAGUAUCCUCCUGGGCCAAAUCCAUAA